AUGGAAAUGUCAUUAUUUAGUCUUAAUAUUUCUCAAUACUUAACUCAAGGUGAUUCUCCUCUUGAUUGGUAUCUCAGUGGAACUAUAACUCCAGAUCUUUCAAUCGAUCCGUACUCUGGAUUAUUGACGUGGUCAUCCGCAGUUGCUUCAUCCACACCUUAUAAUAUAACAGUGAAUGUUCAUCAAAGUUCGACUGGUGUAAUUGUUCAACAAAAUUUUGUUAUUAAUGUGGGCCUAGGCUACAAUGUUACUGUUCGAUUUCAAAACUCACAGCGAAUUCUGACAACAAAAACUAUAUUGCAAAUCAACGGACAGAUUGUCAAUAACUCAAUUGGUCUUAGCGAUCGAAUAGUGAAAGUAUGGGUCCGUAUAAAUAAUAUUCAACGAUAUCUUCCUGCAAUCACUGUUGUGGGACAAUCAAAUCAAUUUACAACCUAUUAUACUCCACUGACAAAAGAAUAUGGAACACUCUUUGUUGGUGCUCAGCAUCCGGCCGAUCUAUCGAACAAUGAGCCUCAAGAUUAUCUCACAUUACUGGGUUUGAAUGUGCAAAGACUCAGUACCGAUACAUUGAAUAUCAUAGCAAGUGAAAAUUUCACGAACACAUUUGCACCGGUCGCCCGACUUUCGAAUCCAUGCGACUAUCCUAUUGAAAAUUUGACUUUCUCACUAGUCAGUCCUUUGGCAGCUGUGUCAUUCUUCAAUGUAUCAUCAUCGAACUGUAAUGUAACCCGCAUUCCCCCUUUGACUACUUGUUCCAUCGAGCUCAGCAUUCGUUUCAAUGUCAGUGGUUCUGGUAAUCUCGUAUUCGCAUGGACUGCUAAUGAUAUACAGCCAGUGACUCUUUCACUUCCAAUUAAUGUAAUGUUUGAAGGAGCUGAAUUCAAGUUAAAUCCAUCAUCGUCAAGUUUUAUUGUUCCUCGCGAAUCUCAAGAAACAUUAGUUAUCUCCAUAUACAACACGGGAUCUCGUCGUCUUGGACCUUUAACAGUUCUCCUGCCCAAUCAAACAUAUAUCUCUGUACUAACCUCGGAUAUUUCUACAUUGAUUGAAUCGGCGAAUGACAGUUUCACUUUAGGAAUUCAAAUUCCCGAAUCUGCACCAUUGAGUACAUUUACUAUUCGAGGCUAUAUUGUUGAUCGCAUCAAUUCUCUUUCUCGACCAUUUCAAAUUCAGCUUACUAUUGUCGGAAAUAAUGAUACCUUGUUCGAUCUGAACAUUUUAUGUCGAGAUGAAUUUUCCUACUUCGGCAGUAAUACAACUAAUCUUGCUAAUGUAACAAUUACGAUAACGAAUAGUCAACUCAAUAUCAAACAUUUUCUUCGAAGUGAUGAAACAGGACAAGUAUCAGUAUCACUUGUGGCUGGUACCUACGAAAUAACAGCUCAAGCUUUAAAACACUCAAGUUAUCGUGGUGUUAUCAAAGUCGAUCGAGCAACAGCAACAUCUAAUACGUUAGUUAUCUUUCUUCAACGCAUUCUUGUUUCAUAUGUAUUCAAAGUCAGCAAAAUCUCGAUAGACCAAACGUAUACCAUAACUAUGGAUACUCAGUUUGUGACAUACGUUCCAGCUCCUGUAUUAGUGAUUUCACCAGCUAUGAUAUCUCUUGAUGAAUUGGAAGCGAAUGAAUACAUUAAACAGAUCGACUUUACUUUCACCAACUAUGGUCUUAUUCGACUUUCAGACAUCGAAUUGACAUUACCUGAUGAACAUCCUUACCUAAGAUUUAGUAUUCGACAAUUGCCAAUUGGUAAUAUUGAAGCGAACUCUUCUAUUAUUGUUGCUGUCGAUGUUUACCGUAUUAAUAUGACUCGAAGAAAACGUGCUUCAUGUAUUACUUCAAUUUUUGGAUCGUUCAUUGCUACCUACAUUUGUGGCGAAAAACGUACAGUUGGAGCAUCAUUGCCAGCUUUUAUCUGCAAAUACUCUCCACCUAUUAACAUACCUAAGCCGAAUCCUACUGGUAGUGUAAGUUGGAGUAGUGCUAGUAACAGUGUCAUCGGUGGAGGUACUGGCGGUAGCGGUGGUGUCUUUGGUGGCACUGGCAGUAUCAGUAGUGGCGGUGGUGCUGGCAGUGGUGAUGCUAGCGGUGGUGGUGCUGGCGGAAGCAGCACUAGUGGCAUUGGUACCGGCAUUGGUGAUGAUGAUAGUUAUAGUGAUAGCAGUGAUGCUUUUAGUACUGAUCUAUCUCAGGCUAUGGAAACUUUUGGGUCAGUAAUAGAAACAUUAUUCAAUCCAGUUUUGUCGAGUUCUACAACAUGCGAGAGUUGUGUGGACACUUUCGUUGGAAUUGCCGUUGACUUACUAAGAAAGAUUCCGGGUGUUGGUUCUCUUAUUAAUAAACUCGAUAAGUGUCUGGGUUUUAUAAUGAAUACGGUGAAAAAUACAAUAGAUUUGAUUGAUGGUACAGUUGAAGCUAGUAUAUGGAAUAUUAUGAAAACUGUAGAAACUGCAUUUCUUGAUGGAUUGGAAUGUUUGCUAGCUGGAAAUCCAGUAUUAGAUAAAUUGUUGGCGAUAAUUUCAAAACAUUCUCUCGAGACCAAAAGGAAACCGAAUUGGAUAAACUGCUUAGGAUUAUGGUUUAUGCCAGGAGUGACCGAAAACAGUAGUUCAUGGAACGAGAAUGUGGAUCCUGCUUUAGUACGACUCAAUUUUGUUGUUGAAGCAAUGACUACUUAUCGAGAGAUGAUCAGUCUCAUCUAUGGCGAUUCAAUCUGGUUUGAUAGAAACUGUGUUGAUCAAUCGUGGGAAGACGCGCUGACUACAGCGAAAGAAGUAACCAGUGAUUUGAACUACUUCAUUAGUGCUCAAGAAUAUAAUGAACUCAUACUACUUCCACACCGAUGUGCAAAUCAGAGUCUAGUAAGCGAUCGUCUUCUCUAUUACAAUCGAACAAUGUAUUCGUAUUCGGUGAAUAUAACUGAACCGAGUAGUUUAAAUGGCACACCCUUCCUAUUUAUGAGUCUAUCGGCAUUUUUAAAUCUGAGUUCUCAAUACAUGAGAGAUUUGAAUUAUUGUCGAUCACUAGGAUAUUCAAACCUGUUUCAUGCGUAUAUUGAUAUCUUUCAGCAAUACUACGAUGCAAAUAAAGAUUCACCCGUGGGUAUAUGUGCGACAGUUACUAUUCGCAUUGUUCAGAAUGUAACGAUUGCUCGACAAGGAUUUGCUGCUGAAAUGACGAUCGACAAUAGUGGAGCAGAUGCUUUGUACGAUAUUCAAAUUACUUUAGAUAUUCAAACAGACAACCAAUCGAAUGCAAAUGACAGAUUUAGUAUUGGUGAAACGAUCGUUACCGAUGAUGCUUACAACGGAAGUUUGACAGUCGGAGGAUCUGCACAAUUCAACUGGUUAAUCAUUCCUUAUCUGUCAGCUGCUCCGACGGCUUCCACUUGGUACAGUGUUGGUGGUCAACUUUCAUAUACAAUUGCUGGACAACGUGUGAAUAUUACACUUCUUCCUGAUCGCAUUCUAGUUGAUCCAGAAGCUCGUCUCGAUAUUGUCUAUUUUCUUGAAGAACACUCUAUAGGAUUUGAUCCAUUAUCUUCGGAAUGGGUCGCUUCACAACCAUUCAUUCUUGCUGUUGUCAUUACAAACAAUGGUUAUGGAUCAGCGAACAAUUUUCGAGUUUCCAGUGAACAACCAACCAUUGUUGACAAUGAAAAAGGUUUAGCAGUCAGGUAUCGUAUAAUUGGAAUGAAAAUCAAUAGAGAACAACAAUCGAGCAUUGAACUAUCAGCAACACUUGGCGAUUUACAACCGUUUUCUACAUCAACUAUUACAUGGAUUAUGCUUUCUUCACUCAAAGGUUAUUUUCGAACAUUCAAUGCUUCUUAUCUAGAAACAAAUCCUAAUGGCGAUCCCAAACUAUCACUAUUCAACUCUUUAACAACGCAUCGAUUGCAACACGUUGUUUCACUUGAUAUUCUAGUUGCACAAUUGAAUGAUACUCAAAUUGAUUAUCUUGUUAAUGAAUUGGAUGGAACUGAAACUGCCUAUAGUAGUACAAAUGCUACGUUGUUCUUUCCUGUUGUUUCUGUUCAGGCUACUGUUCAGUAUUAUUCGAUCGAUCGUGACACACAACGACUCAUUAUUACUGUUAGCUCGAAUCAAACGCUAAAUUCAUCUUUCAUUCAUCUUACUCUUGAAAAUUCUUUCCCUAAAUACUUUCUAAUCUCAUCGAAACGAAUUGAUGAUGAUCUAGAUAUUACUAUAAACACAUGGCUAACGCACAAUGUGGAUCAUUUGCAAUCAGGUGAUCGAAUUGAAGAUCUUCUACAUGUAUUCGAUAUGACAUCAUUACCAUCAACUCGUUCAUAUGAAAUCAUUCUCAGUUCAGCAACUAUUACUUCAACUACAACCGCAAUCACUAAUUCGUUGUCAAGCAUCCUAUCGAGUGCAUCCAAUAGGCUAGAAACCAGUCAAAUGUCAAUCUCAUCCUUACCAACAAUGUCGACGCCGAAUUCAGCGGUAACAUCAAUAUUUGACAAUACAUUGAUGACGAACCCAACGUUAUCUACAAUUUCAAUGCAAACAACCGGUACUCAAAUAUUAUCGACUACUACAGAAAGGAUGUCUUCCACAUCAUCACAAAAUUCAACUCCGAAACAGGAGACGACAUUCUCUGCAAUGACUAAUCAACAAACGCCGGCAUACACAAGCAUUAUGAUAACCACGGAAACAACAGAGGCUUAUUCAACAUUCUCAAAUCCAACUAAAAUAAGUUCUCCAUUAUCUUCGAUUCAAGUGAUCACAUCAACACUUGACAAUGGCUCUGUCACAUCAUCUCAGUCUAUGCCGAACUCAUCCCCUAUCCCAACAUCAAUAGAAGUUACAGCAACUCAAAGAUCGACAACAAUCGAAGAUAAUGCAACAUUAUCGUCUUCAACGUUUCGAAAUUCAAUUUCUACAGAACCGAUCGAAUCAACAAGAAUGGAAUAUAGACUGCCAUCUACAGCGAAUUACACAUUCACAUACGAAAUGUCAUCUCUUUCAAGUGUUUUAACAACGUCGACAUCACGUACUGAGCAGUCUAUUCCUAUCUCCAGUAAUAUCACACUAUGGACAACUCAAUCAACUGCAAUAUCAACCAUGCUAGAAUCGACAGUAUCAUCAACAUCAUAUCAGUAUUUAUCUACAGAAUCGAUGUUGACAAAUACUAAAACACAAAUAACUUCGUCAAUUACAUCAAUGCCGGCCAUCACAACGAAUGCAUACAUUCGAUUUACAUUGUCUUUUUCAAUGAACGACGGAAAUCAGACUAGAGUUCAACUUGUUUCGCAACUUCUUGCUAUCUUUACAUCGGCUCUUGGUAUUCAUUCGAAUCAAAUCAACAUCACCGUGAUCAUACCAUUGAUUCGUACACUAGUAAAUGUAGUAGCUCAAGUUCGUCUCUUUGAUAGUGCAACAGAAAGUGCAGAUUCUUUGCUUGCAAAAAUACGUCAGCAAUUGGCCGAUCCAUCUUCAGCUCUUAGGCGUGACCAAUUGACAUCUCAACUGACCAAUGAAUCAAUAUCGGAUGUAAGAAGAAUGUACAAUUGUGGUGGCAGUACGGAACAAGAAACACCUUGUGGAGCACCUACAACAACGCACUCGACUUCGACAAGUUCACUAACAACAAUUCUUCUAGCAACUAUUAUCCCUUCAGCUAUAGGUGCAGUAUUACUUGAUGCGGUUAUCGUCUUCAUAGUAAGACGUUUACGACAGAGCUCUAGAAAUUCGUUCUUCGCUGAUCGAUCAUACCAUGAAUUGACAAGAUUUUGA